AUGGAGACGCAUGAAGACAAGGCAGAAUCUAAGGUGGCAGAAACAUGCACAGAAGGAAAUCAUGAACAGGUCAUUGAGGCUGAUCCAUAUGCCACGCGACAUGGUGUUUAUGAGUCCAGGCCUCGCAGCGUGACCAUCAGAUUACGUGACCAGAAAUACCGAAUACUAGAGGGAGACACUCUUCCAGUGGGGACUGCCCUCGCCGGAAAUCAGACUGUGGUCUCAAAGAAUGGCACGUUUGCAUUUGGAUUUUUCAAUGCCAACGGUACCAAUAAUUGGUAUGUGGGCAUCUGGUAUGCCAGAGUAUCGGAGAAGACUAUUGUUUUGGUGGCUAACCGGGAAAAUCCUGUGAGAAACAUGCCCGGCCUUUUAAAUUUAUCUAGAGAUGGUUAUCUUCGACUGUUUGAUUUACAAGGCCGAUCAAUUUGGUCAUCCGACAACAGCUUGAAGGCGUCCCAGGCAUCACUGUUGGAAUCAGGUAAUUUGGUUAUGUUAGGAGCACGGGCGGGCAAUUCUUCUGAAAUCGUUUGGGAAAGUUUCCAACAUCCGGUAGAUACAUGGCUACCAGGGAUGAAGAUGUGGAAAGGAAUGAAACUCACUUCUUGGAAGAGUUCUGCUGAUCCGGCACCUGGUCCUUUCUCUUUCCAAAUGGAUCCUUCACCAGGAAAGACUCAAUUCUUGCUGCUCUCCCACAACACUGUUCCGUACUGGUCUACCGGAGAGUGGAAUGGACAGUAUUUCGCUAAUAUGCCAGGAUUUGCCAGGGCGGAGUCUGGUGUUAAAAUGGAGUUCAUAACACUUUCUCCCUCAAGAAUGUACAGCAAGUAUACAACCCCUAGUAUGGCAAUGGGACAUGAAAUUUUGAUAAAUAAUGGUGAAUUAUGGGGGUACUAUAUGAUGCGAAAUGGUUUGUGGAGAAUCCAUUUCGCACCCAGGGAUCAAUGCAAUGUUUAUGGUGUGUGUGGGGCUAAUACAGCAUGCAAUGGAUAUUCAACGUUCAGUUCCUCUGCCUAUGCAACAGGCAACACCAGUGAUACGUGCACAUGUUUGCAGGGGUUCAGGCCCAAAAAUAGACGUGCUUUGGAUUCUCAGGAGUGGUGGUCAAGUGGUUGCGUUCGCCGAAGUCCAUUGCAAUGCUCUGUCACAAAUUCUACCGAUGGUUUUUUGCAAGUGAAGGACAAGCAUUUAGCCGACGAUGAAGCGGUUCCAUAUAGCAAGGAGCAAACCUUGCAUGGAUGCCAGCUUGCAUGCCUCAACAACUGCUCUUGCAUGACCUUUUUGCUCACUACGUCCUCUCCUCCUCUGUGUCAAUUGUGGUUUGGCGAUUUGAUGAAUGUGCGCAAUUCGUCCGGUGGUCAGUCGUUCUAUCUCCGCUUGGCUGCUUCUGAAUUACGAGAUUCGACAUCCAAGCAAAGAAAUAGAUCCUCUGGCCUUUGA